AGGGGAUGUGUCCCAGGUCAUCCUGGCACCUUCAGUCCGUGUCUGAGCCCUGCUGUAGGUGUGCCUGUCUCUGCUUCUGUCGCCUGGGUGGGCCUGGGACCUGCACUGCAGAGAGCUGCUCUCCAGGAUGGAGCCCUCAGACCUGGGUCAAACCUUGUCAUGCAGAGCUCUGGGUUUAACAUGGCAUAACUGCUCUGUUCUUUUGUAUUCCACUCACCUUGAGUCAAAUGAUGGUGAGACUAUUAUUUGUGUGAAGUUCCAGGGAGUUUCUGACCCAAAAACCCAAAAUUCAAGAACAUAUGACACACAGCUUACAACUGGAAAUAGGGUAUUAUUUUAAUUUUUGUUUUUCUGGAUCAGUUUCAGAGCUGAUGCUCACAACCAUUACCACAAUGUGCAUGUGUAGCCAGGAGCACGCUGAUUUGUUCUUCAGUUUAGCUUGAAAAAUCCUCUGUAGUAUAGCAAAGGCAAGUGACAGAGCUACAGAAUGUAACAGCAGGAAUACAGGCCCAGCAGGUCAUUUCCUUGAAGGGUGAGAACAUGAAGAAUGAGAAUCAGAAGCAACAACACAAAAGGUGUGUACUACCAUGGGCAUGUUCCAAAUUGUAAUAUGCAUCAAUGACAAACACACUUUUUACCUUCCAAGAUCUGCUUCAUUGCUGUGCUCUGAGGCCAGGGAUGCAUGAAAAGCACUCUCUGCCUGUGCUUGCAGGCAGGAGAACAGAAAAAUGGCAUUUCUGGACGGAUGUGAGAACCCCAUGGGAAAUGGAGCCAAGGGAAGAGCAGAGCUCAGCCCCACUCCAAGCUUGCAAUGGGCAAGAGUCAGAGAAAACCAGGGCAUGAAUGGUGCCUUGGAGGUGUGAGGGCAGCAGGCAAGAACGGAGCCACAGGGGCCCAGAGGAGCCCUGACAGGGGGCUGUGCCCAGUGCUACAGGAGGACAAGAAGCAACCCCCAGGCCACUCUUGGGGCCCACCCUGGGAGUCUGGAAAGUUUCCUGCCCACUACUGCAGGGCACGACAGGCCAUCUUCAUGGGGCAUGAGCAGCAGGCAGCAACUGAGCCAAAAGGGACUGAAGGAGCCCUGAACAGUGGUCAUGCCGUGCUACAGAGCAAGGCAAAAGACCCCAGGAACCAGUGCAAAUCUGCCUUGGGGAAAAAUUCCUUCUUGAGUGCUACUGAUUGGCCACCCUGAGAAUGGGCUCUGGAAUUAAGGGACCCAGUGGAAACACAAGUUUCCUUAGAGAACCACAUCUCAUCCUGCUUGUUAACCAGAGACAGCUGGACAGGACAACCCAGAGUCAGCCAUGCCAAUUGCCAGUGGCACAUUAGAUAGAAUCUCCAAGGAUGCUCAGGUAGGUCCCUAAUCCAAAGAGAUAGAUGACUGGUUGUUUUUUUCACCCUUUCCCUCUCAUAAUAAACCAAAACUCUUCAAGGGACCUCUAAAACAUCCUGCCCUUAAACAUGACAACAGCCUGGGCACAGGGAGGGGCCAGGUGACAGUUUGGUGCUGCCCUCAGCACUGAAGGGGUCAGGGCAGGGAAAGACCCAAGAAAAGGCUCAGACUGACACACACAUCUGCCUUCCAACAGAGAACCCCGGAUACUGGGCUCAUUCAUCAAGGCAGUAGCAGGAACUUGGCUUUUAGAAGUUCCACUUCACACUGAACAUGAACUAAACUCCUGCUCAGCUAGCACUGACUGAAGUUAUGUAUUUUUAGGGUUCAAGAAGGUAGGGAUGAUCCUGUGAUAUGCCUAGGGCUUUUUCUCUAGAAGAUAUUCCCAAGAAGAUGAUAAAGCUGAGACAGGAAAACUCUUCUAAAAAUCCCCUUCUCUCCCAGGCUGGUUUCAAGCUGUAACUCAGUUGAUCCCUUCCCACUAGUUCUGGUAAAACAUCCUAAGGAGGCAGAAAAUGCCCAGCUGCAAGCCUGGCUGGAGUGAUUUACAGCUCCCUGAAAGCUGCAGGCAAAGCAGCUUGGGAAGCACAGCAAGAACAGACAGACCUGCCCUUUCUUGGGUAGCCCAGUCUGUGGCAAGCACUAUCACAAGGGAGAUUAAAAGUCAAUGACAGUAUAGAUUUUCUCCACAUUUUUGACUGGUUUUCCCAAAACUGUUCUUGAUGGUUAUUUUUCAGUUAUCUAUCCAUUUUCAACUUUAUUUUUGAAUGGAAUGGGAGCAACAGAGGGUUUUAAUGGUCACUGAGCUAAUGACCACACCAUUGUGCCCAUCAACGCCAAUCCAAUGGGGCUGUAGAGAAGAAAAUAAAUCCGAAUUUAAAAACAACCCAGCAGGAGGUUUGUGCAGAGACUGGCAUGAAAUGUCAGGAUGUUCUUAACUCUCCAAGUGGUGCAGGCAAGCACUGAGAAUAGAGAAUAUGGGCUGUCAUCUCACCAUACUUAAAUAUGCCAACCCAUGUGCCUAAUGUACACAGCACCCUCCCAUGACAAAAAUGUAAAACUAGGAGGUAAUGAGCUUCUAAAGGAGAAGUGCUUGGCCUAAUGACUCGAAACAAUUGUAAAAGUCAGAGGCAUGAAUGAAUGCUGGCACAGCAUGGCCCAUGCACUCCAUUUUUUAUCCAGAUGCCGUGUACCUGCAGGGGAGAAAGGGCUGCUAUGGCAGAUCUGGAAAGCAGUCAAGGCUGCCGGUACAGAACAGCGGAUUGUGACAUCAGCGGUCCCCAGUUUCCAUGGAUAGCAACCUAAGGGUUCUCUGCACUGUGACCUCACGUGCCUCACCGCUUAUAUUUGGGUACGGGCAGAGUCUGGCUCAGACUCGCUCGCGCCUGGACUCCUGGCAAGAGUGCCUAGGAAGACUGGAAGCCUGUGAGGUCAUUGGGAGCCGCUAUCAGCAACUCUCAGUUCUCAUUCACGAGAUUUUGCCUGUUUCCUUAGCCCUACGUGGUUCAGGAAGCCAAGUACUGUGGUUGGUGCUUGCAGCAGCAGAGCAAGGGGCAUUUUGCAGCGUGUCCCACCAGCAAGAGGGAACAGCUGCUGACCCCAGCUCUACUGCAACACCCAAACAUGGCCACGGAGACAGAUUGGAACUGCCCUAUCUGCCAUGACAUUCCAGGUGAAAUCGCUUCUGUAACACCCUGCAUUCACCUGUUCUGCCUGGGCUGCAUUGUGCGGUGGGCCAAGACAAAACCAUUGUGCCCCCUGUGCAGGCAGGCUAUCAACAGCAUCAUUUACUCUGUUCGGUCAGAGGAAGACUUUCUGGAGAUAGUUCUUCCAAGUUCCUCAGACUCAUCAGCUGCUGGCCAUCAGGAUGAGCAAGGGGCUGUGGAGCCAGUGCCCAUAACUUACGUAGCUGGCUUCCCAACUGAGGUCUGGGCAGGUUUUUUCCAGGACUGCUCAGAAAUCCUCGAGCCCGUGCUACCCUGGCUGAACGCGGAGCUAUCAGAGCUGCUCCAGACCCGCUGGUGGGACGUGGCUCUGGCACAGAGUGCCACCGUAGCCAAUUUGUGCCGCUACGGGCUGAGUGAGCAGGACUUGGUCCGGGAGCUGCAGCCCAUGCUGCAGGAGCGGACGGAAACAUUUGUGCGCCAGCUCAUCGACAUCGCCGCUGACAGGUGCAGUGAUGAGAUCCUGCGCCAGAUGAGCCUCCUGAACUCCCAUGCUGAAGAGGAAGAGGAGGAAGAGGAGGAGGAGGAGGAGGAGGAGGAGGAGCAGGAGGUCCCCGUAGUGUCCGACGUGGAAGCGGACGUAGGAACGGUGGAAGCCCCGGCUGGAAGCUCUCCAUCCGUGCCCGUCCCUGUCGAACGCGAGCAGCGCCAGGAAGAGCCGGGCGGGCCAGCAGCAGUCGCAGGCCCCUCUGCCCAGGGCUGCGGCCGCAGCCCUUCCUCUCCUGGCCGGGACUCGCCCGAGGUGCCCCGGCGCCCCGCAAAGAGAAGGGCCUCUGGCCCUGAAGAUUCCCCCCAGCCCCCGAAGAGGCCGACCCGCCGGCAACGGCGCAAGCCAAGAACCCCCUAA